AUGUUACCAGUAGAUAUCAGACUUCGAAACUUACAAGUGUACAAACUUCUUCAGUGUGUUCAUGAAAGAGACAAGAAGCAAAUAGAAAAGCUGGUCCAGAAUGGAUUCCCAAAUCUCAUUAAUUUCACAGAGCCUAUGGAAGGAUACAGUGCCCUUCAGUUGGCCUGCGUUAAAAAUGACUCUGACAUGUGCAGCUUCUUGCUGGAACAGGGAGCUCAUCCUGAUGUCCAGGACAAAAUGGGUCGUACUGCAGCAAUGAAGGCAGCUGAGUUAGGCCAUGAGUUCAUUUUGGAUAUAUUAGUAAAAGCUAAAGCAGACAUGACUGUUGUGGAUAACGAAGGGAAAGGUGUUUUGUUUUACUGCCUGUCACCUACAACACGGCACUACCACUGCACAAAAAUUGCCUUGGAUUCUGGUGCAGAUGUUAACAACUGUACCACUGAUGGGAAGCCUGUAUUUCUACAAGCCUGUGAGCAAGCCCAUGAUAUUAAAGAAAUAUGUCUGAAUUUCAUGGAAAGAGGAGCAAAUCCCAGUGCAGGAAACCCAGCUACGGGUCGCACAGUCUUAAUGGAAGCUGCAAGAGAAGGUAUUCUUGAGCUGGUGCGUGGUCUGCUUGAGAGAGGAGCUGAUGUUAACCUGUUUGACUUUGAAAGACAAAAUGCUGCACAUUUUGCAGCCAAAGGAGGCUUUUUUGAGAUUCUGAGGGUUAUUUCAGCUUAUAAUGGGGACGUGGGCCUGAUCGCUAUGAAUGGUAACACGCCGCUUCAUUACGCUGCAGAGGGAGGAUUUGCAAAUUGCUGCAAGUUUAUAGGACAAAGAGGCUGUGAUCCUACGUGGAUAAACUUGUCAAAAAAGACACCAAGAGCCAUCGCCAAGGAUGGUGGUUUUAAAGCAGCAGUAUCAGAACUGCGUAAAAUUGAGAAAACCUUUGCAAAACAGUCCAAGACUGAUGACAAGGAGGAAAACCCCCAGUGGGCUGUGAGGCUGUACGACUGGUCCUUAGAGCACCAGGCUGCCCUCCGCAAGGCGUUCGAAGCUGUCGACCAAGGAGAUGGGAAGGUGACUAAAGACAAUUUUAUAUCGGUUAUUCAGCAGCACUGUGCCUUUGUGGACACUGAACAACUAGAAACUAUUGCUAAAAUGCACGAAGGACGUCAGGCUGAUGGAAUCAGCAUUGAAGACUUUCUUAAAGGCUCUAAAUACUUGCCAAAAAACUAUCUUAUAACGUCCUAUGGACCCAAAGGGAAGAAGGGGAAGAAAGGGAAGAAGCGAAGAGGCAAAAAAGGCGUCGCUGUCCCUGUGCCGAUCUGUGUUAUGCCAAAGAGCGCCUGUCCUCUUAGAGAAGAUGGUUUCCCUGUGUACAUGGUUGAAGUCAUCCAAAACCUUGCUGACAUCUCCCAUUUUAACCGAGACCACCCAUCUGCCCAUCCCGUGCAUGAUGACCGUGCCUGGUAUAUAGACGAGCCAAGGAAAACGUACAUGAACAUUAACUACCUUGUCAGAGAAGCAGACUUUCCAUCUCUGCAGAAAGCAUUUGAGGAGGGUGUGCACGUAGACAUAAAAGAUCAAUAUUACAAAACACCUUUGAUGGUUGCAUGUGCAAGUGGGAACAUAGUUGUUGUGCAGUAUCUUCUGGAAAAAGGGGCUGAUGUAAAUGCAACAGACAAUUUCAUGUGGACUCCUCUCCAUCACGCCUGCUAUAAUGGACACCUCGAUAUUGCCAAACUGAUAGUGAAGGCUGGAGCAGCAGUGGAUGCACCUGCAAUAGGCAAUGCAACCCCACUAAUGAGAGCCAUUGAGGUGUCCAGACUGGAUAUUGUCUAUUUUUUACUUGAAGAGGGUGCUGACAUCCAAGCUACAAACAGCAAUGGAAAGAAUCCUCUUGAUAUUGCUAAAGUAUUUGCAGAUUCUAGAAUAAUUGAUCUGCUCCAAAAUAAACUGGACAAUUUGCCAGAAAUACCAGAAAACAAAGAAAAAGCUGUGAAGCCAAAGCCAUCUACACCAAUGCCUGCAGAGGAACAAGCUGCCAAAAGAGAGUCCUCACAGAUAUCACUGGCAGAUGAAGAAACAUCCGUUCCUGAAAAGGCAACACAAUCCCUUAAGGACAGCGUUGUUUAUCUGAACUCUUUGAUAGCCAGUGGUGCUACCAAGAAAGAGGACAUCACAUUCAAGCCCAGAAAAAUUUGGGCCCCUGAAGCUGCAACAGAGGAGCUAGUAAGGAAGCAAGAAUGGCUCCGUGAACGCUCUGCUCUUGAUGGCUUGUCAGAAAGCUCUACAACCCCCUUUGAUAGAAAAUUUUUGCAAUAA